AUGCUGAUGGAUAUACAUGUUCACCGUGACCUAUGCUCCUGUGAAUACUGUCUCAUUUAUCUCUCAUCACCGCAUCGCUAAGUCUCAUCUUUGGUCAGAAAGAGAUCUACAUCACGUCACCGAAGUCGACGCACGAGUUUGGGCGUGAAUUGAUUGUUUAUCCGCUACGCAAGGGCCAUCGAUCUUUGUUUGGGCCUUCAUACGCCGUACACAGUUGCUUUUGGGCAUAUUCUGCGACUCGUGCUUCGCGGUUGCGACGCAAAGAUGAGAAACUCUGCUUCGUCAAACAUCGUCUCAGAAAGUGCUACUUCACCUUUGCGAUCGAACCACAACCCAUCUACCAGAGGACCUCUGGCGCCACGAUCGACCAACUACCACACCUCGCCUGCUGUCAAAUCUAUGCUGUUAGAAACAAAAGACCAUCAAGGAAGCCCCUGGCAAUUCAAAGUCACUGUUGAGGCCGAGCAAAUGUCUACCUCAGCCAGGUCCACAACCAGGACACAACUGAUCCCACUGCAUGAUACAGAAAACACACUGAUCCCUGAUCUCUGUCCUGUGUCUCAGCUCGGCGACCAUGCCUCAACUGAUUAUUCGUUAUCUGAGAUCGAAUUUCCGGAAGAUAUGCUGCCCUCAGCUCAAGGUCCGCCAGCCGUCGACUCCUUGUCACCGGAGCCGGUUCGUGCAUUCGCAUCUCGCAGAACACCCGCAAGUGCAAGGAGCAGAAUGUCCAGAAAAUCCGAUUUCGGAAGUAGUCACGGUUCGAAACCGCAUCACGCAGACCCAUAUGUCUCGGCAGAGCCACAGUUCGAGCAAGACGUGGAGGCAGAAGCUGUACUCGGCGCUUGUGCCCCGGGCGAUGCGACCAUGUUGGAAAGCGAAGAGUUUAGCAUGAUCUCGGUUGACUCUCUACCCAGCCGAGUGGCUGACCACUCUUCUCCUUCACAGCCUCUCCAAGCUACUGAGGGGUACACCUCCGCAAAUCAUUCGUACAUGCCCUCAUCCCCUCCUGCCUUUGUCGCCGACAGAAGGACGCCGGUUCCUGAAGAAUCAACUCCAGAGAAUCCCCAGGCGCCGCUGCCUUCGCAACAGCAUGAUGCAAACAUCGCCACACCCUUGAGAGAAAGCGCUCGCAAGUCUGGAAGAGCGUUACAGGAUGCCCUGAACGGUCCCUUUCGCGAGUCUGUUUCCAGAGAGCUACCUGCAGCCCGAGAAUCAAUUUUCAACGGCUUUAGCUCUGGCACCAGACGUCAACUGCGCCAAAGUCUGCAUACAGGUCAGAGCUUGGCCUCUCCCUCAGCCAUGCAAAACGCGCCCAGCCUUGCACCUAUUCCCAACUAUCUCUCUCCCUUCCACAGCCCAGUGCGUCAACGAGAAACUUUCGACUCUCUUCCCAGCCGUCUCCUCACCCCCGAGGCCGAAGUGCGUCCACAGUCUACCACAAAUUCACAGCCUCCAGUGGAUGUCGAGUAUCCUCAACUUACUCAAGAGUCGACGAGAAGCAGCCCGGCUCACGAGAAUCAAGAAAUGAGCUAUAUCCAUGUUCAAAAGUCGCCUGCUGUGCAGAUGCAGAGUCCGCCACGCUCUAACCCAGCUUCCGAGUAUGAUGCGCCGGAGAAGUCUGUUGACAAAGUUGUGCCGCCUGAAGCAGAGGAGGAAGACGAUCGAGACAUCUGGCAAGAGGAGGCCAGUCGUUCUGGGAUUGAUGAAGAGGGCUCCCCUCAGCCAACCGACCUAUUCUUAGAAGACCUCGCCAUCAAGCCUCGUAGGAGUAAGCUGCCUGGUACAUGGCGUCGCACUUCGGGUGCAAACUUUUCUUACAGCGAUUCACCCGACCCUCAGGAACGCCAAACCCGCAAAGUCAGUGCCUCGACUGCAGGAUCGUCUCGCAAGAGCAGUGGCGUCAUGACACCACCUUCGUCAGACGACGGUAGCAUUGCUGGUGGAGAGAAGUCAGGUACCCAAGAAAACUCCACGACGAGCACUACAAACGACGACGAGCUCAGUCAGUCCGAGUCUGGAGAUGAUACCGGCACGUUCUUCCAGUCAAACCUCCCAACAAUUUACAGCAAAAGAAGUACAAGGCAGACUUCGAAUUCUGCGAAAAGUAGUUUUGCUCCCAGCAGUCCACUCAGAAACACUGUUCUGGAUAUCAGUCCUAUGAAGAAUACUCAGUCUUCCGAAGGCAUCUCGAAUGCAAACCUCUCCACUGGUCCCUCUCCAUUACGCCGCAGACUAGCCAAGUCGAGCAACUUGGGUGGAGCUUCAGCGACACUGAAGCAGGACACUGAACUUGACACAUCAGAGACUCAGACAGACUCGAGCUUGGCUUCAGAUGCUCAACAGUUGCAAAGAGAGAUGAGAGGACAAUCUGGCAGUGGUGCGAGCACUAUCUCUAGCUUGACCUCUGGUAGCCACGUGAGAGGGUCAAGACACGCACCAAGCGCGAACACCAUCGAUCUGACUAUCAGCAGCGUUUCCGAGGAAGACGCUUCGAUAGUCUCAUCAAGAUCAAGGAGUUAUCAAGAAGAGCUCAACCUCGAUUCGCCCAUGCGUGUCAAGGUCAACUUCAAUGACGAUGCUGGCAACUCGACUCUUUUGGAGCCCAGACGUCAAUAUCCUCCGCUCUUUGAUAACGUUCCGACCUUGACAAAACCUACCCCUGAACCGUCGGAAGCAUCUCAACCAAAGUCACCAUUAGCAAAGCUCACCGAAUCGUUCUGGGAGGCCGUUACCAAGCCGCCAGUCUAUGCAUCACCUGAGCGCAAGCCUUCGGUUGUGCUGGAAUCCUCGUCAACAACUACUGUACCUGACCACGUCCUACGUCUACGUCGCAAAUAUGGUCUGCUGCCUGACUCUCACCCGUUCAUCUACGCACACAUUCGCACACUACACCGCAUGCUGAAUUCAACACGCUCGCGACCUGGCAGCAGCAUAGUCCCUCGCAGCGGACCGCUGGGUCACGGUCUAUCACGUCUACUAGGCAAAUCCAAAACCAACGAAUUGGAUCAACGCUUCGUAUGGACACAAACCCACCUUCACGUCGUCGACUCUUUCAUGUCGCUCCUUCUACCACAGGAAGAACGCGAUCGUCUGCAAUACGACACUGGCUCUUGGGGCGAUGCCGAAGCGCUUAGACAUCGCGGACGCGACUCCAAGGGCAGAUAUGGCGAUGAAAUAGUAUUCAACGGCGUCAAGGGUGGUGUGAUUGAAGCUGCUUGGGUCGCAGAUGUGCUUGUUGACAUUAUCUUCAAAGAAGAGAUGAAUGCAAAAAAGAAGAAGGUUGCUGAGAUGAUGGCUCGCGCCGAGAGAAUGGAGAUGUAAGAUUAUGGCAUGUGUCACGACUCGGUGUUUUGUUUUAUAGGCUUAUGGCGUUCGUCGGAUGUACUUAGGUUCUCGUA